GCAUCUUAUACGCGCUUGCGCUUUCGAGAAGCGAUGGCGUAUAGCUUGAUGUGAAUGCGGAUGAAGGUGGUGGUUAGUUGACUUGCAGGAGAAAGCGGGUGUUCCUUUGGGCAUUUUGAACAGGCAUUUUGAAUAGGCGUUGUAACGACCCAGGACAUUUAUUGUGGUUCAGGUGCGAAAAUUGGAUGUUUUAGGGGAAAAAAAAGAAAAGCGUUAAAAGCGGAAGUGGGGUUAAAAGUGACCCGGAUUGCAAGUUGCUGAUUAAUCAGGUUCAUUAAUUGUGGAAAUUACAAACCAUGGAUGAUGACAAGGGGGCUGCAUCUGAAAGAAUUCUGCUUGAGCCUUACAAGUAUUUACUGCAACUCCCAGGGAAACAAGUGAGGACCAAACUUUCACAAGCCUUCAACCAUUGGCUGAAUGUCCCGGAAGAUAAAAUACAGGUCAUCAUCGAGGUGACGGAGAUGCUGCACAAUGCAAGCCUGCUAAUCGACGACAUCGAAGAUAACUCCAAACUCAGACGGGGCUUCCCGGUGGCUCACAGCAUCUAUGGCAUCCCCUCUGUCAUCAACUCUGCCAACUACGUCUACUUCCUGGGGCUGGAGAGGGUGCUCACUCUGCAGCACCCGCAGGCUGUGCAUGUCUUCACCAGACAGCUACUGGAGCUCCACCGUGGCCAGGGCCUGGAUAUCCACUGGCGGGACACCUACACCUGUCCCACGGAGCAGGAGUACCGCAACAUGGUUCUACAGAAGACUGGAGGGCUCUUUGGUCUGGCUGUGGGGCUCAUGCAGCUCUUUUCCAGCUAUCGUCGGGACUUGAAGCCCCUGCUCGACACCCUGGGCCUUUUCUUCCAGAUUCGGGAUGACUAUGCCAACCUGAGCUCCAAAGAGUACAGUGAGAACAAGAGCUUCUGCGAGGACCUGACCGAGGGCAAGUUCUCCUUCCCGACCAUCCACGCCAUCUGGACGUGCCCCGAGAGCACUCAGGUACAAAACAUCUUGAGGCAGCGCACAGAGAAUGUGGACAUCAAACGCUACUGUGUGGACUACCUGGAGAAGGUGGGAUCCUUCGCUUACACCCGGCAGACCCUACGUGAGCUGGAGGCUGAAUCCUACAGGUUGAUCAAAGACCUGGGGGGUAACCCCGAGCUGGAGAGCCUAAUGCAGCAGCUAAGCAAAAUGUUCAAAGAAAAUUAAGCCUUUGCCCCCUUCUCCUAUAUCAAUGGAUAUUUCUCUUUGACAGUAAGCCCCCCAGAACAAAGGCAACGUUCGAGUCUUCUGUAGAUUAUCAACCCAGCGAGCCAAGAACUUUUGAAGGGAGGGGACUAUAUUGAAUAGCAGUUUAAUUAAGGUUUUCACAAUUUUGCCUUAUUUGUGUUUUGUUUUUAACUAUUUAACACAAAAUAAAGCUGCUUAUUUAUUCA